AUGGGACAGAAUAACAGUGUAUCAGAGUUUAUACUCUUGGGACUCACUGAGGAUCCUGCUGGGCAGAAAACAUUAUUUGUGGUAUUUUUACUCAUCUAUAUUGGAACAAUGGUGGGCAACCUGCUCAUUGUGUGGACAGUGAUUGCCAGCCCUUCUCUAGACUCCCCAAUGUACUUCUUCCUUGCCUAUCUGUCCCUCAUAGAUGCCCUUUAUUCCAGUACUAUUUUACCCAAAUUACUUAUAGACCUACUCUGUGAUAAAAAGACCAUUUCCCUCACAGCUUGCUUGGUACAAUUGUUUGUAGAGCAUUUAUUUGGUGGUGUUGAGAUCUUCCUUCUAGUUUUUAUGGCCUAUGAUCGCUAUGUGGCUAUUUGUAAGCCCCUGUACUAUUUGACCAUCAUGAAUCAAAGGGUCUGUGUCUUUUUGGUGGUGGUGUCUUGGAUUGGAGCAUUUGCCCAUGCUCUGGUUCAAGUUUUCUCUGUGUAUAAACUUCCUUUCUGUGGCCCUAACAUCAUUGAUCACUUUGCUUGUGACAUGUAUCCAUUGUUAGGACUUGCUUGUACUGACACUUACUUCCUUGGGCUCACUGUAGUUGGCAAUAAUGGAGCAAUAUCUGUAGUGGUCUUUAUGCUCCUCCUUCUCUCUUAUGGAAUAAUUCUAAACUCUCUUAAGACUCACAGUCAGGAAGGGAGGCGGAAGGCCCUGUCCACCUGCAGCUCCCAUAUCAUGGUGAUUGUUCUCUUUUUUGUUCCUUGCAUUUUCAUGUAUGUCAGACCUGUUUCUAACUUUCCUUUUGACAAAUUCAUUACUGUGUUUUAUACAGUGUUCACUCCAAUGUUGAAUCCUUUAAUAUAUACUUUGAGAAAUUUAGAGAUUAAAAAAUCUAUGGAAAAACUCUGCCGUAAAAUAUUUACUUCAGACAGAAUAAGAAUUUCUUCUUGUUAUUCCUAA